AUGGCCGUGGGUGAUAUGGCCUACACGUUUGAGCAAAUGAUGCAUGGCCCCCAAGGGCAUCGUCUGAGACAGCUGGUCCAUGCAUUGGCGCAAGACAGCCACAAUCCUUUUAUCAUUGUGGCUUUGAUGAUCCUGAAAUGGGAAUUCAUGACUGCCACCGAAGAUGACUGGGGGCUCAAUGAGAGUCGAGGGGCAGCGUGUGAAUUUGUGGCCUGGCAGUUUUUGUGCCAUUUAAAUCAACGCGAGACAAUCGAGUUUUUGCUAGAAGAGCUCCCCUCGCCGCGACGCCACUCUACCAACCUAUCUGAGACUGAGACAGGCCUUUCUGGUCUGGUGUCACCGCAAUCGGGAAUACGCCAGACCGAGAGCGAGGCGGCUCCCCUCUUGUCACAUCCGUCCACUUUCAAUCGUCUUUUCGGCAGCACGGGACAUACGGACACCCAGGCUUCUGGGAUCUCACAGAAUCAAGCCCAACAAGAUGAGCUCUACACGGCGCAGAGAUACUCUCAGUUCUUCGGACUCAAUGCGAUGGAGAUUGCAACGAUUGCUCACGCAAAACGAUUUUUAAGCCAACGAGUCGUGCAAAGAGUGGUCGAUGGUAUCUGGAACGGGGAAAUUGUCUUCUGGGAUUCCCUGACGGUAAAUUCCACCAAGAAGCCACACACAUACAACACGAGAACGGCAGAUCCGUAUUCGCGAUUGAGAGUACCUUUCUAUCGCAAGAUCUUCGAAGCCGUAUUCUUCGUCUCAUUCCUCGCACUUUACUAUGCGGUGUUGAUAGAGAGAAGGCAAGACGCCAUUGGGUUGUUUGAAGCGGUGAUGUAUGCGUGGAUUGUCGCCUUUGCAUACGACGAACUGAGUGGGAUUAUUGAUGCCGGGGUCGUGUUCUACCAAAUGGAUUUCUGGAGCCUCUGGAACCUGAGCAUCAUUGGGGUAGGAAUAGCAUUUGUCAUAACCAAUCCCGGUGUUGAAAGAGAUGGGUUCCUGACGACCUUUACCAUGCUGGCCCGUGACCGCUUGUCUAUCAAUGCCAUGGCGCACCUAUUGGUGAAAGUGUUCUUUGGGUCGAGUGUUUUAGGAUUGAUUUCCCCGAUCUUCGGCUACGGUCUGAUGCUCAUAUUCUCUCUCAUGACGAACACUCUGAUCCUCUCCUCUUUGAUCAGUUUGAUGAGCAUGAGCCUGGAAGGUAAUCUCAUCCCCCUUCUUUGUAUCCGCCCUAUGCGCCUCUUUCUCUCGGCGGGAACUGUCCGUCGCGUACGCAUUAUCCUGCUACGGGCCACGCACAUUCCGUUUGUUGCAUUGAUAUGGCUCUACGAGUCGAAGUGGCGAAACCUGAAACGACAUACCCAACGUCCUCCGACGUCGAUAGGAGUACGCGGUGGUACUUCUGCAAACAAGCCAUCUUCUGGGUGGCAGGACCCACACCACCACUCCGUAGUUGAAACAAAUCUGGGCUCCGGGAAAGCACGCACUGUGGAUCAGCAAGCCGCGCGUGAACCUGAGGUCGAGGUUGGGAAAAUCCAACUUGCGGACCUGAUCGACACGGUCGAGCGACUACGAGCUCAAGUGGAGGCACUGGCUGGGCAAAAAUGA